CAACGCUUAAAGGAUAGGCUUAUAAUGGCGUCGCAGCCAACAAGCAAUGAUUCACAGCAGCACUUGGCGCCUCUCCCGCCGGCGAUGGCGGAGGUCAAGGGCCAGAGCGUGGACGAAGUUUUCAAGGAGAUGAAUCGAUUGCCUCUGUUCAUGACAACUUUAGACGAGACUGACGGUGAUGGAGGUGAAAAUUUAGCGCUUGAGGCUCUGAAAGCGUUAGCCUACGAAGGCACGAGAGCGGAAAUCGCAGAAAACUUUCGGCAACAAGGGAAUGAGUGUGCGCGUGCGAAACAGUGGGCAAGCGCCAAAGAGUUCUACGAUAAGGCUAUUACUGCUCUUAAGGCUUCUCCGCAGGCCAGAGAUCUAGAAGAUAGACCAAAGGAUGUGGAAAUCGCGGUUGACGAGGAAGCGAAGGCAGAGAAAGACAUAGAAGAAGCAUGCCAUGUCAAUCGGGCACUCUGCAAUCUUGAAAAGAAAAACUUCCGCUCCUGCAUUCAAGACUGCGCAUAUACUCUCCGGCUAAACCCCAGGAACAUCAAAGCCCUCUACCGUUCCUCCUUGGCCUGUCUCGCUCUCGAUAAAAUCCCAGAAGCCAGCGAUUCUUGUGCCCGAGGCCUAGCCCUCGACCCAUCCAAUAAAUCCAUUCAAACCUUGACCAUUAAGAUCUCCUCCCGUCAAGACCAACUCGAUACCAUUUCCAGAACGCGCCAAGAACGGGAGAGAAGAGAGGAGUCAGAGAAAGCCACGGUGCAACUAGCCCUAAAGAGUAGGGGUAUACGGUCAAGCAGUACAGCGCAAGCGCCAGAUCUUGAAGAUGCUACUGUAAAAUUGGAAGAGUCACUGGACCCAAGCUCAACGCUUUCGUUUCCGGUUGUUCUUCUCUACCCUUUACACUCACAGUCUGACUUCGUCAAAUCGUUUUCAGAGAAGGAAGGGCUGGAUCAACAUCUCGAAUAUAUCUUUCCGCUACCUUGGGAUGCACAGCACGAAUACACGCUGAAUGGUGUGGAAGCAUACAUGGAGACUGCUGCGGGUGGGCUUAUCAAAGCAGGCAAGAAGAUGGGAUUAGGGAAGAUUCUAGGAAGCGGAAAGGUAGAGGUGGUGGAUGGAUUGGUUAAGAUAAAUAUUGUGCCAAAAAAGAGGGCAAAUGUAUGGGUUGAGGAAUUCAGACGCAGGAAAGCGAACUGAGUCGACGGAAUAAUGGUAUCAUGUUCUCAGUCAGCAUUCCGGCCCUCGGUGAACUCAGUG